AGCGGUUCUUUAGGGGUCUCAAAAGCCCUGCAGUCACAGUCCUGUGUAACUCACGCCCUGCCUUCCCCAUGCAGCUGGGAGCUUCACCAGAAACAAAGUGAAGAUGCCAGAGCCCGUGAAGAAAACAGUUUCUGCAUUUACCAAGAAGCCAAAGACAACAGAGGUGACAGCCGGAAACACAGCUGUGUUUGAAGCAGAGACGGAAAAAUCUGGCAUCAAGGUGAAAUGGCAGCGAGCUGGCACAGAAAUUACCGAAAGUGAAAAAUUUGUCAUCAAGACAGAAGGCAACAAGCAUUCACUGACAAUCAAUAACGUAGGAAAAGAAGAUGAUGUGACAUAUGCUGUAAUAGCUGGAAGUUCCAAGGUCAAGUUUGAACUCAAGGUCAAGGAACCAGAAAAGAGCGAGACAGUCACUCCUGCAGAAGCUGUUCCAACCCCAGCUGCCUCAGAGUCACCUGCUCCACCAGCAGAAAGCAGCCAAAACACCAAAGUUUCACCUGCUGAGACACAGCCAGAGGAACCUUUGGAUCCCAUUGGGCUCUUUGUGGCACGACCACAGGAUGGAGAAGUUACUGUUGGUGGAAACAUCACAUUCACUGCCAAAGUUGCAGGGGAGAGCCUGCUGAAGAAGCCAGCAGUAAAAUGGUUCAAAGGAAAGUGGAUGGACCUGGGAAGCAAAGUGGGGCAACACCUCCAGCUACACGACAAUUAUGAUCGAAAUACCAAGGUGUACACCUUUGAAAUGGAAAUCAUAGAAGCAAACAUGACUUUUGCAGGAGGGUACAGAUGUGAGGUGUCUACCAAGGACAAGUUUGAUAGCUCUAAUUUCAACCUGACAGUCAAUGAAGCACCUGUCAGCGGGGACGUGGAUAUUCGAGCUGCCUUCCGCCGCACGAGCCUAGCAGGAGGGGGGAGACGGAUGACUUCAGCCUUUCUCAGUACCGAGGGACAUGAUGAUGGGGCAGAGUUUAAUUUCAGCUCCCUACUGAAAAAAAGCAGCUUCCUGCGCCCUUCAAACCGGGGUGAAGGAAAAUCUGAAUCACAAUCUGAUGUUGAUGUCUGGGAUAUCCUGAGGAAAGCUCCUCCUACGGAAUACGAGAAAAUUGCUUUCCAGUAUGGUAUCACAGAUUUGCGUGGGAUGCUGAAACGCCUCAAACGCAUAAAGAAGGAAGAGAAAAAAAGCACAGCAUUCCUCAAGAAACUGGAUCCAGCUUACCAAGUAGACAAGGGGCAAAAGAUUAAAUUAAUGGUUGAAGUUGCCAAUCCGGAUGCUGAUGUGAAGUGGCUGAAGAAUGGACAGGAGAUCCAAGUGAGCGGCAGCAAAUAUAUUUUUGAGGCUGUUGGGAAUAAGAGAAUACUGACCAUAAACCACUGUUCUCUGGCCGAUGAUGCAGCAUAUGAAUGUGUGGUAGGGGAUGAGAAGAGCUUCACAGAAUUAUUUGUAAAAGAACCUCCAAUCCUGAUCACUCACCCACUGGAGGACCAGAUGGUGAUGGUUGGAGAGAGAGUGGAGUUCGAGUGUGAAGUGUCUGAGGAAGGAGCUACUGUGAAAUGGGAAAAGGAUGGAAUUGAACUGACACGAGAAGAAACAUUUAAAUACCGAUUCAAGAAAGACGGAAAGAAACAGUAUCUCAUUAUUAAUGAGUCAACCAAGGAGGACAGUGGACACUACACCGUGAAGACCAAUGGUGGGGUAUCGGUCGCUGAACUGAUUGUGCAAGAGAAAAAGCUGGAAGUUUAUCAGAGCAUUGCAGACCUGACCGUGAAGGCACGUGACCAGGCAGUCUUCAAGUGUGAAGUUUCUGAUGAAAACGUGAAAGGAAUCUGGCUGAAAAACGGAAAGGAGGUGAUCCCGGAUGAGAGGAUAAAGAUCUCCCAUAUUGGCAGAAUCCAUAAGCUAAUUAUUGAGGAUGUAACACCAGAGGACGAGGCUGAUUAUUCCUUCAUUCCACAAGGAUUUGCUUACAACCUUUCUGCCAAGCUCCAGUUUUUGGAGGUCAAGAUAGAUUUUGUACCAAGAGAAGAACCCCCUAAAAUCCACCUUGACUGUCUGGGUCAAUCCCCUGACACUAUUGUGGUGGUAGCUGGGAACAAACUGAGACUGGAUGUUCCUGUAUCAGGAGAUCCAACACCCACUGUCAUCUGGCAGAAAGUAAACAAGAGAAACGACCUAGUUCGAAACAAUGAUGAUUCCAUGACUCCCUCAGAAAACAGCAGUGAUUUAAAUACUGAUAAUAAGCUCCUGUUUGAAUCUGAAGGCAGAGUCCGUGUGGAGAUGCACGAGGACCAUUGUGUCUUCAUCAUUGAAGGGGCAGAAAAAGAGGAUGAGGGAGUUUACAGAGUUAUACUUAAGAAUCCAGUUGGAGAAGAUAAGGCUGAUAUCACAGUCAAAGUUAUUGAUGUUCCUGACCCUCCAGAAGCUCCCACAAUCAGCAACAUUGGAGAAGAUUACUGUACUGUGCACUGGCAACCCCCUAAAUAUGACGGUGGGCAACCAGUACUUGGUUAUAUUUUAGAGAGGAAGAAGAAGAAGAGCUAUCGAUGGAUGAGACUGAACUUUGACCUUUUAAAAGAGCUAACCUAUGAAGCCAAGCGGAUGAUUGAAGGAGUGGUUUAUGAGAUGCGAAUUUAUGCUGUGAAUUCUAUUGGCAUGUCCCGGCCAAGCCCUGCCUCCCAACCCUUCAUGCCAAUUGCUCCUCCAAGUGAACCAACCCACUUUACAGUGGAAGAUGUUUCUGACAGCACUGUUUCCCUGAAGUGGAGGCCCCCUGAGCGCAUUGGAGCCGGGGGAUUGGAUGGUUACAUGGUGGAAUACUGCAAAGAUGGGUCUACAGAAUGGAUUCCUGCUCUUCCUGGCCUAACUGAGCGCACAUCUGCACUGAUUAAAGAUCUGGUCACGGGGGACAAACUUUAUUUUCGUAUCAAGGCUGUAAACCUGGCUGGAGAGAGUGAAGCAGCAACAAUAAAAGAGCCUGUUACUGUUCAAGAGAUCCUGCAACGUCCCAAAUUCUGGCUGCCACGCCACCUCAGACAGACUCUGGUGAAGAAAGUGGGUGAGACAAUCAACAUUGUGAUCCCUUUUCAGGGUAAACCAAGACCCAAAAUCACUUGGCUGAAAGACGGUCAAACUCUGGACUCUAAAGAUGUGGGAAUUCGGAACAGCAGCACGGACACAAUCCUUUUCAUCAGAAAGGCAGAGCUUCAUCACUCAGGAUCAUAUGAAGUCACUCUUCAGAUAGAAAACAUGUCUGAUAAAGUUGCAAUAACAAUACAAAUCAUAGACAAGCCUGGUCCUCCUCAGAACGUAAAGCUUGUAGAUGUUUGGGGAUUUAAUGCAGCCCUGGAGUGGACACCUCCCCAGGAUGAUGGCAAUGCUCAGAUCUUGGGCUACACGGUCCAGAAAGCUGACAAAAAAACAAUGGAAUGGUACACUGUUUUUGAUCACUAUCGUCGCACAAACUGUAUCGUGUCCGACCUGAUUAUGGGAAAUGAGUAUUUUUUCCGCGUCUUCAGUGAAAAUUUGUGUGGACUGAGUGAAACUGCUGCAACCACCAAAAAUCCUGCCCAUAUCCAAAAAACAGGCACCAUUUAUAAACCCCCUUGUUACAAAGAGCACGACUUCUCGGAAGCUCCUAAAUUCACCCACCCUUUGGUGAACCGCUCGGUGAUUGCGGGAUACAACACCACGCUCAGCUGCGCUGUCAGAGGGAUCCCCAAGCCAAAGAUAUUCUGGUUCAAAAACAAAAUGGAUCUCUCUGGGGAUGCCAAGUACCGCAUGUUCAGUAAGCAGGGGGUGUUGACCCUGGAGAUCCGGAAACCCACUCCCUUUGACGGUGGCAUCUACACCUGUAAAGCUGUGAAUGAGUGUGGUGAAGCUGAAAUAGAGUGCAGACUGGAUGUCAGAGCACCUCAGUAAAACUCUGAAUCUCAGUUGAUCUGCAAGUCAAGCAUUAGAAUGGAACUUGAAAAGAAGAAAAGGGAAGACAUUAAUGAAACAUAAUUUCUGCUCAUUUGUAGUCCUGCUCAUCUUAGAAGUCACUUAAUACACAUGUACAAGGAGGCAGCAGUGUCUUGUAAUGUCCUGCUUACUUGGUGUGUUUUCAGACAAAUAUUUCCCCUUUUCAUAUAUUUGUCAUAGUUAGAUUGCCCUUGUCUCCACAUCAAGAAAUUGAAAGAAACCAAGAGAAAACUUUUCCCCCUUACAUACAUAAAAUAUGUAUUAAAAAAUG